UGCACCAGUCCCUGCUUGUGUUACAGUUAUUAUCACCGCAGCGCAAUCUCGAGAGCUAGUACCAAGGGAGAAUUUGCUAAGCCAUAUACCGCCCAAGCCACUACUACCUACACCACCAUCAACACAAGGGAAAUCUCGGAACAGGUUACCGCUCUUUAUCCUAGACGUCCUAAUUAAGCACCAAUCUCAUAUUCUCGAUCGCAAUGAAGGUAUUGGAAGCGCAAUCAGCCGUUUUGACCAACGUGGAGGUCUACCAAUUCCUGCAAAACCAGGCAAAGCAAUAUCAAGAACAAAAGCGGAGGGGCCCGGGCAACUUAGAGACAUUGCGCAGAGAGCUGCUUCAAUACUUUGAAACACAUCCAGGACCCUUGAGUCAAAAGCCAAGCACAUAUGAUGAGCAAUCAAUCACAAAACUGCUGGAGAAACUGAGACCUUACGAUAUUACAAAGGGUGAGAUGAUCAUGAUCCUCAAUGUUCGCCCGACAAAUCCCGUGGCCCUCAACACGGUAAUUGAGGAUAUGGAAGUCAGAUUCGGAGAGACGGAGCAAGAAAACAUUUCCGCCGGCAUUGCAGAAGUGCUUGGUCAGUUUCCCGAGGAUGAAGCAGCCGAGGAGGACGUGAUGGAGACGACCGAAGACCAGUGAGGACCGGAAAGCUCCCGAAGGAUACUCCAAACUCGAAUUCAUGAGGCGA